AUGGCACAGGCGACGUUUAGCCGAGAAGGCGAAGUGGUGAAGAGUUUCAAGCUGUUGAGUGGACACACCAUCCCAGCCAUUGGAUUAGGGACCUGGAGGUCUGGUUCCCAGGCUAACACCGCCGUUUUCACUGCUAUUGUCGAUGCCGGGUACAGGCACGUGGAUACAGCUUGGGAGUAUGGAGUCCAAGAAGAGGUGGGGAAUGGGAUCGAACGGGCCAUCCAUGCAGGAGUCGAUAGGAAGCAUCUUUUUAUCACAUCCAAACUAUGGUGCACUGAUUUGUCGCCGGAGCGAGUUCGGCCGGCAUUGAUCAAAACCCUUAAAGAGCUGCAGCUUGAUUACCUCGAUCUCUAUCUGAUUCAUUGGCCGUUCCGCUUGAAGGAUGGGGCCAGCAGGCCGCCAAAUGCUGGGGAAGUUUUGGAGAUGGACAUGGAGGGGGUUUGGAGAGAACUGGAGAAGCUUGUCAAGGAUAAGCUCGUCAGAGACAUUGGGGUCAGCAAUUAUACCAUAAAGAAGCUCAAUAAGCUUCUGAGCUUCGCUCAUACAAGGCCUUCUGUGUGUCAAAUGGAGAUGCAUCCAGGAUGGAGAAAUGACAAAAUGAUCGAGUUCUGCAAAAAGAAUGGCAUCCAUGUUACUGCGUACUCGCCGUUGGGAUCCGGGGAUCUGAUCCAUCAUCCAACGGUGGAGAGGAUAGCAAAGAAUCUGAACAAGAGCCCAGGGCAGGUUCUCAUCAGAUGGGCUAUUCAGAGAGAAACCAGUGUGAUUCCGAAAUCAACCAACCCCGAUAGGAUCAAAGAGAAUGCAAGUGUCUUCAGCUGGGAAAUCCCUGCCGAAGACUUUAGGAUCCUUUCCAGCCUGCCAGACCAGAAACGAGUGCUGGAUUGUCAAGAUCUGUUUGUGAACCCGAGUGCCGGCCCGUUUAGGAGCGUGGCGGAGAUGUGGGACAAUGAAGAUUAA